AUGGCGCUCAGCACCUGCCUCAUCUCACCCCUCCGGCCUGCCCUGGCAGCUCUGUGCCGGGCAGCCCCUGGGCAGUGCCGGGGGCUCAGCGCCCAGCCGGGACCAGUGCACACACUGAACCUCAGGGGCAUAUUCCCGCCCCUCACCACCCCCUUCUCGGCCACACAGGAGGUGGACUAUGCCCAGCUGGAGGGAAACUUGUGCCGCUAUGCCAGCAUCCCCUUCCGAGGGCUGGUGGUGCUGGGCUCCAAUGGGGAGUACCCCUACCUGGCACUCCGCGAGCGGCUGGAGCUGGUGAGCUGCGUGCGCCGGGCUCUGCCCAGGGACCGCCUGCUGCUGGCUGGCUCGGGCUGCGAAUCCACCCAGGCCACCAUCGAGCUGACGGUCAGCAUGGCAGAGGCAGGAGCUGAUGUGGCGCUGGUCGUGACGCCCUGCUACUACCGGGGGGCCAUGACGAGCGCUGCCCUGGUGCAGCACUACACAGAGGUUGCUGAUGCAUCCCCCAUCCCUGUGGUGCUCUACAGCGUCCCUGCCAACACUGGCCUGGACCUGCCCCUGGAGGCUGUCCUCACCCUGGCUCAGCACCCCAACAUCCUUGGGAUCAAGGACAGCGGUGGGGACAUCACUCGCAUGGGGCUGAUGGUUCACAAGACACGGCAGGAGGAUUUCCAGGUGCUGGCGGGAUCAGCUGGCUUCCUGCUGGCCAGCUACGCUCUGGGUGCCUCUGGGGGGGUCUGUGCCCUUGCCAACGUCCUGGGGGCCCCACUGUGCCAGCUGGACGGCCUGUGCCGUGAGGGGCGCUGGCAGGAGGCCCGCGACCUGCAGCACCGGCUCAUCGAGCCCAACCUGGCGGUCACCCGCCGGUUUGGGAUCCCAGGACUGAAGAAGGCCAUGGAGUGGUUCGGCUACUAUGGGGGUCCCUGCCGUGCACCCCUGGCCCCGCUGAGCUCCCCCCAGGUUGAGGAGCUGAGGGGCAUCUUCAGUGCCAAUGGCUGGUUGUGA